GGGGGACACAACAAAAUUCCCGUGCUAACCUUUGUCGUUCCAGGCUGGUGAGUCUAAAUUUUCCGGUUUCGGUGUGGUUGUGAUUCGGGUCGUGGGGGCUUUGCGUGGCAGGGUUGUGGUCUGGAGGAGCCCUGUUUUUUAAAGGUUUCUUUUCGUGAAAGGACGGGUGUGGCAUGCGCGGGUCGUAAUUGCAAGCAUGAAAACGUGUCCGUUAAUGUUCCUGAAAGAGAAGGAGUCGACAAAUGUACGAUUUAAAGGGGCUGGAAGUUGUGCUGUUUAUCGCAUUGUUGCCAAAAGGGCACCGGCCACGAAUUGCUCUCGCACAGCGUUCGCCGACGCGCAAAUUUUGCAAGAACACUGUGAUGUGGCAUUGUAAUUGCAAUGAGAUGUGCAACAGUUUUGUGCUGCUACCGUUGUUUUUGGGAAUUGUGUUUCGAACCGUUUGUGGUUGAUUUUUGUGGAUUUGUUCUGGCUUGUGAUUUGUGGAGGCUUGUGCCGGCCGCUGUGUGAUUCACUCUUCGGGCAUCAUUCGUAUUCAUUUUUUUGGGGAUAUCCUUUGUACUCGUGUUUUAUACGUGCGUGUGCUUGGAAUACGUGCAGGCGCGUAAGGCAUAGGCAUAGAAAAACGACUGGAUUUCAGGUCAAACAUAUGCGAAUCAUUGGCCUCAAGCAGGAAGGGAAAUUUGACCGGAUGGUGGGAGUAGCGGGACCACAGCUGCCUGGCUGUGACGUCACUGUUGGCUGACUGAGGAAUGUCUGCGGCACCUUCCGAUGUGAAGUUGACGCUGGAACGAACCAGUUCAACGUUGCUGCAGCAAAUCGAGGCUUUGGAGAAAAGGACUUCCGAGUUGAAGCGAAGCCGAGAAGCUUUGGAAGCAAGCCAUCGGCCAGAGGAAAAGGAAAGGAAGGAACCUCGGGUGAAAGAAGUACAUGAAGAUGGAAAGUCAGAAGAGGAAGACAGAAGUAAGCUGCCUCAAGUUGUUGGGGAUGAGAAUAAGCAAGCCAUUUUGGUCGACCCACGUAGGUGGGCGCGAGAGCGCCUAGCAACCCAUUUGAGAGAACAGGGCAAAGAAUUGGAGCAGAGCGGAGAGCACAAGGAGAAGGAGCAAAAGAAGCCCAAGGCUUUCGAUGCUCUAGGUGAUGGAGAUGGAAGUGUUGCGCCUGGAAUUCCCAAAGCCAAUGCUCCUGGGACGAUGGCCAAAGCAAGUAACAUGAUGAAAGGAAGUGCUCCAAAUCCAAGUAGCAUGGGCGCGGUGGCAAAAGGUGCUUCCUUAGGACCCCUUCCAGGAUCCUUGGGAAUGCCAUUUCAGGCCAAAGGCGCAAUGCCUUGUGGGGCGAAUGGAGGGAUUUUGCCAAAAGCGCUUGGACCAUGUGGAGGGCCGGCAGGAUGCGGUGGCCUAGGCGGAGGUUGUGGGGGGUGCGGCAUGGGAGGGAGCAUGGGCAGUGGCAUGGGCCUGCCUGGGCCCAUGGGUGGACCCAAUGCAUGUGGCGGUGGGCCGGAUAAGGGCAAGGAAGGUGAAGGGGAUGAGAUGCAGCAACAGGUCAUGCUUCAGAUGCAAAUGCAGAUGCAGAUGAUGAUGAUGGGCGCCAUGAUGGGCUCAAUGCUGGGAGAAGGUGAUGAUAAAGAAGGAAAAAAGUCAAAAAAACAGAAAAAGGCCAAAAAGGAAGGAGAUGAUGGCUUGCCACCCGGCUCGUCCAAUGACAUGAGCCAUCCAAGCUACAGGCCUCAUGAUAUGGAGCAGAUUCCUGGAGUCACCGACCAGCGUUUUGAAGGACGCAUCACCAUGUGGCUCGAGGACAAAGGCUAUGGCUUCAUUGGCAACGAAGAGCUUAAACAACGAUUCAAUGGCAUGGAUGUGUUCCUGCAUGUGAACCAGAAGCGGCACUUUGGCCAGGGUGAUGCUGUUAAAUUCAGCGUCUUCAAAAACUACAGGGGCCAGCCACAAGCCACAGAGUUGAGAAAUGCCCGGCCCUCCCUCGGAUAGGAAGGGCUCGUUGUUCACAUAGAGCUAGCAGGUGGCAGUAUCAAUGUUGCUCAG